GAAAAAGUGAAUUUGUUCCCUGUAAGACAUUUACGAGUGCGUACUUGAAGGUAAUGAUUCCCUAUACUUCCUUCCUUCCUACUUUUCCAUAUCUCCACACAAACAUAAGUUGGAAGCAUUGGCUUGUUCUUUUCGCAUUGGUAGCUCUUUUUUCCGCUUGAAAUAACCUUCUAUUGCUUGGAAAUUAUGAUGAAGUCUACGCUCUUUAUUUUGCUGUUUUCAACAGUGUUCUUCACUUUUGCUUCCAUUGCUCGCGCAGAUGUGGAAUUGCUUACGCCAAGCUCAGGGUCUCGGUGGGCUGCUGGUUAUACGUAUGCUGUGCGAUGGAAACAGCCAGCAGAAGAAUUCCUAGAAGUCGCCCUUGAAAAUGAUGAUAAAAAUAAUACGGUGAUUACAAGUAGCGGAAUUAUUCCCUCAAACCAAACAUUUUGGUUUGUUAAAGUUGAUAAAAAAUGGUUAAAUAAACAGGAUAACAAGACAGCCCGUAUCGUUAUUGCUCCUCAAAACGGCGAACAAACAAAAGUACAGGUUGGUCCUGAAAUCCUUUUGUCUAGUACCUUUUAUUGGAUGCAUGUGAUUGACAAACCAACAUUCGACUAUAAUCCUAUAGACAAGCGACUAGCCAUAGGUAUUUCCGUUGGCUUAACCUGCAGUAUUCUUUUGGUAUUAUUGAUUCACAUUAGUACCCGGGAAACUCGAAAAAUUCUGGUCAAUGAUCGAAGAAAUAAACUAUCUCUUUAUCGUGGACGAUAAACGACAUUACACACACAAAACCAAUCAUAUUUAAAAAGUUGUGCUUCUUCUGGAGAUUGGACAUUUCAUUUUUUCUUAAGGUCUUCUUCUUGGGGAAAUUCUCUGAUGCAACUCUCAGCUGUCCAGUCCAAAGUACUAUCCUUUCCAUGGAGUCCCAAAAAGAAAACCAAUAUUUUUUAAGCUUUCGUUGAUUUAUUUUUGUAUUCCGACGUUCUUUUAUUAUUGUUGCUCUCUUUACUCGUGCAUUCGCAUAUAUGCUGACCAGACUGGUAAUUUCAUUUUAAAAAAGAGCCAUACGAUAAAAUCUUUGCUUUUUCUACCUAUUUAUCAAAUGCAAAACAACUCUUCCUAAUCCUAGACUCAAAAUGUUUAGAUAUUAUCACUGACCCGUGGAACCUUAGAAUCAAGUACUACUCUUUUCUUUUUCCUUUUCGUUUUAGUUUUUCAUUAAAAUCAAGUUUUAUUUUAUUUUAUUUUUCUUCUCAUUUACAUUAAAUCUACGGAGCACGACGCUUUGCUAGUACGGUUCUUAGUGUUCACCAUUGAUUUUAUGUGACCAUAACCAACACCCA